ACUAGGUAGGCUAAUCUACUCUCAUCAGAAAUUGUAAUAAAUUUUAGCAUAAUCAAAAUUUUUAGUCCAUUUGCGAUGAGCCAAAGCAAGACAAGGGAAGAUAAUGAAUUGCCACUUGAGCCUAGCAUACCUGUGAUUAGCCUGAAUAACUUUACUGAAGGCAGUCAUUUAAUUGUUAAUGAUAUCUCAAUGGAUUUUGAGAAGAAACACACGGUAAUAGAGGAAGUUUCAGAGUUCUGGGCUUGUAAUGAACAUCCCGAUUUACUGGUCUGCAUUGGCAAUGAGGAGUUCCCAUGUCACCGCCUGCUGCUAUCUGUUUACACAGAUAUAGUUCAGUUGGCCAAAGAGAGUGGUAAACUAGAACUUCCCGCUGAUCAGGUACCCGCAAAGGGUUUUCAACAGGCUUACAAAUGGAUGCUAGACGGUAGAACGGAUCUAGAGCAAUCACUACUUGUGGAAAUACUUGCGGUAGCCAAAUUUCUAAAUAUCGAUGAGCUAGUGCAGUUAGUCUGGUAUUGGUUGGAUAAACCUAAUCUUUUCUAUGAGGAUCAGGCUUUUCUUGUGGCCCACAAGGCUCUAUUGCUGGGCAGAUUGAUGGAUCUCGACACGCUGAUGAUGCACCGCAUCAAAUGUUUCUUUCUCACUUUCGUGGCCAGUCGGGAGUUUAUCUCUCUGCCGUUGGAAAAUGUUUGUGCCCUUCUUAAAUCCGAUGAACUGGCCGUAAAUACCGAAAAGGAAGUAUAUUUUUCAGCCAUUCGUUGGCUAACACACGAUUGGCCAGCACGUAAAGAAUAUGUGACCACGGUCCUGAAGACAGUGCGUAUGGCACUUUUGCCAUACAACUUUCUAAAGCAACUUCAAUCACCACCAAUAGCUGAUGAGCCUGAACUAAAUCUGAUCAGUGAGUUGCCUGAAGUCGUUUCCUUACUGAGUGAUGCCUGUUUUGCACAAACAUUGACGUACUACAGCGAUGGGACACAUAUUUUUAGUCAGAUCUUUGGUAUUUUCAAAUUGCAACCACCUGUGCCACGUAAAUUCAUCUGUCAUGAUCUGGCAUUGCAUCACAAGGCUGAACCAAAUGAAUCGCAAUCUGAAUUCUAUUACAAGGCAUUUCUACGCUAUUUAGCCAUAUUGCAAACUCUUGAACCGUAUGCUUGGCGCAAACUGCAACCACAGGACCUUGAGAAUGGCUACAAGCCCUGCUGACGAGUUGACGAGAGCUGAAAUGCAAAACUGUUGGAGCAGGUGGAGCUAAGAAAAUUUCCCAUUUCCCAUUUCCCAUUACCCAUUAUCCAGCCAACCUACCAGCCAGCCAGCCAUCCAAACAGAAAACUGUGAUGCUAUGAUGAUGAUGAUGAUGAUCAGGUUGUUCCAGUUACAACAAAUUUACAUUACACGGCCAUGUGUUGUAUGUUGUUCUUGUUGUUGCUAUUAUGCUUACGCUAUUUUCACUUAUGGUGAAUUUAACGCAAGUUUUACGCAUUUCCCAGAGGGUGAUUCUAGAAGUUUGUGGCGGUUUUUUUUUUGUUUUAUAAAGGUAAUUAAUAUAUAUAAACGCACACUGGAUCACAGUCGUUAUCCAACACUGGCCUUAAAAGUUCUGUUUCUGCCUAUUUUGUAUUUAUUCAACACCGAAAUUUCAAAGACUUGCAUUAAAACGUUUUUUGUUGGCGCAUUUGCACUAA